AUGAAGGAAUUUUUCCAGGGCCCGAACCAAACAGACAAGCUGGUAGAGGAGGCCACGGCCGAGACCCUCAACGAGCCCGAUUGGGCCACGAAUCUUGAGCUAUGCGAUAUGAUCAACCAUGACAGGAUUAACAGUGUUGAGCUAAUUAGGGGUAUAAAGAAAAGGAUUAUGCUGAAAAGCGCCAGAGUUCAGUACCUUGCUCUUGUCUUGCUCGAAACUGUUGUGAAGAAUUGCGAGAAAGCCUUUUCGGAGGUAGCUGCCGAGAGAGUACUUGACGAGAUGGUGAAGCUGAUUGAUGACCCGCAGACAGUUGUGAAUAAUCGGAAUAAGGCUCUCAUGUUGAUUGAGUCUUGGGGUGAGUCAUCAAACGAGCUGAGAUAUUUGCCCGUUUAUGAAGAGACUUAUAAGAGUUUGAAAUCGAGAGGAGUACGUUUUCCUGGACGAGACAAUGAGAGCCUGGCCCCAAUAUUUACUCCCGAAAGAUCAAUUUCGGCUGCAGAACCAAAUGCCCCACUCGCCCAACAUCUUCAUCACGAUAUUCCUGUGCAGACUUUUUCACCAGAACAGACAAAGGAAGCAUUUGAUGUGGCCAAAAACAGUAUCGAGCUUCUUAAUACUGUUCUGACCUCUUCCCCUCAGCAAGAUGCUCUGCAGGAUGAUUUAACCACCACGCUUUUACAACAAUGCCGCCAAUCCCAAUACACUGUUCAGACAAUAAUCGAGACGGCUGGGGACAAUGAGGCCCUCCUCUUUGAGGCACUUAACGUGAAUGACGAGAUCCAGAAAGUCCUGUCCAAAUACGAGGAUAUGAAGAAGCCCCUAACGGUCCCACAGGAGCCUGAGCCUGCCAUGAUACCCGUAGCUGUGGAGCCUGACGAGUCUCCACGGGCCGGAAAAGAAGAGACUCUUGUCAGAAAACCAUCGGGCCCCAGGCCCGAAAGCCAUGGAAGCAAUAAUAACAACAGCCAUGAUGAUAUCAUGGAUGAUCUCGACGAGAUGAUCUUUGGUAAGAAAUCAUCCGGUGGUGGUGGUGGCGGGACAUCGGAUUCGAGAGGUGAUGAGAAGAAAUCUCAGCCAGCAAAAGACGAUCUCAUCUCGUUUUGA